CCUCAUUCAAUGGAGGUCAAAAUUUCACUUUUUUCUUUAUAAAUGUUGUAUUUAUGUUACUAUUUUUGUUGGUCUUAAUUUGCAAUUACUAAUAUGAAGUCUAGAUUUACUACAAUAGAUAUAUGUGCUGUGAUUUCAGACGUCAAAAGUUUUUUAGGGAUGAGAGUGAACAAUAUAUAUGAUAUAGACAACAAGACCUAUCUUAUAAGGCUGGCAAAACCAGAUCUCAAGGUGGUCUUGUUAAUUGAAUCUGGAUUGCGAUUUCAUAGCACAGAGUUUGAAUGGCCAAAAAACACCUUCCCAUCUGGGUUUGCCAUGAAGAUGCGUAAGCAUAUAUCAGGAAAACGUCUUGUGAAUAUUUCAAUGCUUGGCAUAGACAGAAUUCUGGAUUUCCAAUUUGGGUCAAAUGAAGCAGCCUACCACUUGAUUGUAGAACUCUAUGAUAGAGGCAACAUAAUCCUUGCUGAUUUUGAAUACACAAUUUUAAGCCUACUGCGAACACGAACUGAUAGCGAAGAUGUAAGAUUUGCAGUUAGAGAAAGAUAUCCAUUAGAAAAUGCCAGGCAGUACGACGGACUCAUGUCAGCUCAAAAUUUACGUGAACUUCUUUCCCAAACAAAAGAUGGUGAUGUUCUGAAGAAGAUUCUAAACCCUCAUUUGGUUUUUGGUCCAGCUUUACUUGAUCACUGCCUUAAACAAGCUGGUUUUGUUAUAAAUGCUAAAAUUGGUAAAGAUGUUGACAUUGACAAAGACAUUCCCAAGAUAAUGGAAGCACUCAAAAAUGCAGAAAAACAUUUAGAAAUGACUAGAAACUCGCCUUGCAAGGGGUAUAUAAUUCAGAAACGCGAGAACAAAGCAAACGCGAGCAUGGAUGGCCACGAUGAUCUCUUAACUUACCAAGAAUUUCACCCGUUUCUGUUCGAGCAACACAAAGAUUGUCCUUACCUCGAGUUUGAUUUUUUCAACAAGGCCGUAGACGAAUUCUUUAGUAAGAUUGAAAGUCAGAAACUCGACACAAAGGCGUUACAACAAGAGAAAGCUGUUUUGAAAAAGCUAGAUAACGUGAAAAAAGACCACGAGAAGCGUCUGGAUAGCCUGCAAAAAGCUCAGGAGGAGGACAAGGAAAAAGCAAGAUUGAUUGAAAUUAAUUUACCUUUGGUGGACCAGGCUAUCAAAGUAGUGAACAGCGCUAUAGCCAAUCAGAUUGACUGGGCCGAGAUUAGCAGUAUUGUUAAGGAGGCUCAGGGACGGGGUGACCGUGUUGCCAUGGCAAUUAAACAAUUGAAGUUAGAGACCAAUCAUAUCAGCAUGCUCUUGAAAGAUGAAUUUGAUGAUGAUGAUGAUAGCGGUGAGGAUGAAAAUGACAGUACUAAGAAACACAAAAAAUCAAACGCGCUCAAAAUUGACAUUGAUCUUGCUCUGACGGCAUACGCGAACGCACGAAGGUUUUACACCAAGAAAAGACAGGCUGCGACGAAAGAACAAAGGACAGUUGAAGCUUCAAAAAAGGCGCUCAAAUCUGCGGAGAAAAAAACGAAAGAAACUUUGAAGGAGGUCGCGACGACAACCAGCAUAAGAAAGGCAAGAAAAGUUUAUUGGUUUGAGAAGUUUUUUUGGUUCAUCAGUUCCGAGAAUUAUCUUGUGAUUGGUGGCAGAGAUCAACAGCAGAACGAACUGAUUGUUAAAAGACAUCUAAAACCUGGAGAUGUUUACGUUCACGCUGAUCUCCACGGAGCUACGAGCAUUGUUAUUAAAAACCAUACAUCAGACGGCGUUCCACCAAAGACGCUCAACGAAGCUGGUUGCAUGGCGAUCUGUUACAGCAAUGCAUGGAAUGACCGCAUCAUCACCAGUGCAUGGUGGGUGUACCACCACCAGGUCUCUAAGACGGCACCCACUGGGGAAUAUCUGACCACAGGAAGUUUCAUGAUUCGUGGAAAGAAAAAUUACUUACCACCCAGCUAUCUCAUCAUGGGUUUCGGAUUCUUGUUCCGUCUAGACGAGACCUGUGUCGGGAAACAUAAAAAUGAACGGCGAAUCAAGAUCGUAGAAGAGGAUGCUGUCUCAGAGACCACAAGUACGUCUGUUGAGGAUUCUUCACUUGCUGAAGACGUAGAACUUGAUAUUGGAGGGGAUGGUGAUAACAGCGAAGACAGUGAUACCGAGGAGCCUGUUGAUGGAGAGGGAGACUCGAGAGCUGAGGAGGAUGCUCAGGGUAAACUGGGAAUAGAUGGUGAGCGUGAAUAUGAAGAAAAAGGUGAUGAUGAGGAACAUAAAAGAGACGAGGAUGUUGAUACGGUAGGAGAGGGUGAUGACGAGGAUGUAGGUAUAAGUGAUGAUAAAGAAGAAUACGACAGUACAGAAGGGAGUAAAAAAAGUACCAUAGAAGUGGAAAACGCUCAGGAGGAUAAGGAUGAUAGUGAGGAUGAUGAUGGUGUACCUAGUUAUCCCGAUACGUCCAUAGACUUCCAGUACACUAGUGGCGGGAAAUUUCAACUGCAACGAGGCACGAGUACCACAAGUUCCCAGGCUACUGAAGAUUUUGUCGAUCUUGGUGAUGGCGAAGUAUUGGAUCUCAGGUCCCUAGGGAAAGGUAGCGAGACGCGGAAACAACGUUUGACCGCAAAACAACGUCGACAAAUGAAGAAGAAAGGCGGUGAUAUCGACAAAAACGAUGUUGAGACUCUGGAGGAAGUAUCUCCGGGGCCUGGGGUGAAGGUAACGAAACCUGAAAGUGAUGCUGGGAAAAGUAAGUCAUCGCCAAUCACACAGCAGAGUGCGGCAAAGCGCGGGAAAAAGUCCAAACUAAAGAAGAUGAAAGAAAGAUAUGGCGAUCAGGACGAGGAGGACAGGGAACUAAUGAUGCAGUUUUUGGGGUCAGCGGGUGCUCCCAAAGAGAGCAAACGAAAAAAGGGAAAGGACAGUAAAGGUCGUAAAGGGAGUUCACAGAACAGGCAGGGAGAGCAGAGGAUGACUAGGAAUACUAAUAAAGUUAAUAAUACUAUGAAAACAACAGUGAAUGCUGUGGAUAAACAGAGUGAAGUUGAGAAUAAGGCUUUGCCAGCAAAUACUGGGCAAGUUUUGGAGAAUUUUGCUGGUGAUUUGGCGGAAGGAUUAGAACAAGAUGGAGAACAACAUGAAACAGAAGUAAAGCUGGAAGAGAACGAUGAAGUUGAUAUUGAAAAGGAGGAAGUGGGUUUGCUGGAUUCUCUAACCGGAUGUCCUUACAUUGAUGAUAUCACGUUCUUUGCCAUACCUGUGUGCGCACCGUAUGCCGCUGUACAGAACUACAAAUUCAAAGUGAAGCUGACACCAGGAACGGGACGCCGGGGAAGAGCGGCUAGAACAGCCCUACAUUCCUUCAUCCAGUCUCGGGACACUACAGCUCGCGAGAAAGACUUAUUAAAGAGCGUCAAGGAUGCAGACCUCUCUCGUUACAUACCAGGCAAAGUGAAAAUUUCUGCACCAAAUUUACAGAAGAGUAAAAAAUAACUUGGAAAACCGAACAUUAUUGGCACUGGAGCUACUGCAUGUGGAGUGUAUAUUAUAUGGCCUCGCUGGACGACAAUUCAUCUAAGGUUGGUUGCAGCUAAACAGUUAAGGGAAUCGUUUAAAUUCAUGCGACCGUCGUUCGUGACUCAAACCAUGCUUUUUAAUGAAUGAUAGCUUAAAAACGUUAUUCAGGAAAAAUCCUCCCGACCUAUCCGUGGGAGUCCUCGAAACGCGAAGCUAUCAUUUUGUUCGAAUUUCAACGAGACAACGACCUUACGCAGACCUAAACUCAUUACGCGUAAAAUAAUGUAAUAUUCUACACUAUCAUCCGAAAUUAUCCAAUAUUACCCAGCAUUAGCACUGAUUUAGACUAUCCGCCAUGUUGCUAUAAAAAGCGCGCGAAAAUAAAGUAUUCACCUCCCCCUAAUAAAAUAAUUUAUUCCGCUUGAAACAAAGCGGAAUAAAUUGAAACACUGACUCGUGAAACAAUAUUACAUAAUAACACAUUAUGCAAAAACGAAGAUAUAUUAACUUCAUGAAUAAUGAUUAAUUAAUGUAUAUUUGCAUUAAAAACAUAUUGCCAU